AUAUUUGCUUAUCCAAGCUUCUGCCGGCCUGUUUAGCUUGGAUAAGUGAGACUCUACUGUAUAUAUAUAUUCCAAUCAACAAAUUAAAAUAGCAAUCUGCAUUCAUUGUAUUUGGAUACCACUUUGAUUCCUGUUUCCUAUACAGAGAUAUAGAUAUUAGAUAUAUAAAUAUAAUAAGAUUACCCACUCCAAAAUGGAAGGUUUCCGAGCCAUGGAAAGAGGAUGACACCAUCUUUGGGCGGGAAAAGAAAUGCCUUUACUGUUACAAUCAAGGGAUUGACACUGGUUUGAGGGAGGAGCUUAAAAAGGGACUAAUUUUCUAUGAGGAAAACAAAGGAAGUGGAGGUGGAAGUGUUGGCAUCGUCCUGACAAGAGACUUCCAUACUUGUAUUGUUUUUCCCUGAGUAGACAAGCUUAGAAAUGAAUGUGAAUCUGUGGAAUAUCAAAGAUUUAUUUAGCACUCCCACAAAAAUGGGGCCUAAUAAACCACCCAGCUGGACCAGCGCUCCUAGUGAUUACAACAGCAUGAGUGAUUCUCAGUUCCUUUUGGGUUCCCAAUUCUGCCCAGAGAACUCGCAGCCAGGAUCUCUCCCACUUGAAUUUUGUAACCAGCAAAGGCAAGAUAGAAAUUCACAGCAAAAUUCUCAAGAUAAUGAGUCUAGUAUCUUUGCAAAAUACCAGUCUAAACCACAGCUCUUUGGAGGAGAUGGAAAGGAUAAAGGCUCACUUAAUUUUCCUGCUGGAAGAUACAAAGGUGUUUUGGAGCAAUUUGAAGAGAAUAAGAGAAAGAUAAAAGAAAAACAUGAUAAUGAGCUUUUAAACACUUUUAUUUUGAACACCAAGGAAAGCCUUCAAAGGUUGGAAUCCUCCUUUGCUAUGUUUGAAGAUACCCUGAAAUCUGUUUUGAGUGCUUUGGAAAGCCAUUCAAAGACAAUGCAAGAAACCUCUCAGUCUCAUUAUGAAUCGGUACAGAACGCUUUAAAAGAGAGAAAUGAAAUGGAGCAGGCAUUACUGGAAAUGGAGAAAAAUCUUCAUCGUAAAGACAUAGAAAUCUCUGAUCUGAAAGCCAACCUGCAAUCAUUAAAAGAGAGUCUGGAGCAAUUAACAACCCAGCAGAAAGAGCAGCACCUGAACCUCUGUGAGCAAAUUGGCCUCAUGCAGAUCCCCCGUCUUCUCACUGAGCUGCAGGCAUUCAUUUCUUCCCCCAGAGCACCCACUCAGAUAAAGGACAAUGCCUCCCAAACAUCUCCCAACAUGAUGUUGACACAACAACCUCAUGAUUGUCACGGAAAUAUUUCAAAGACGUCUCCUGGAAACAAGGUUGUUUCUAUGAUUGCUUCUCCACAAAGUAAAAAAAAUCUUGACAUGCAGCAACAGAGUGGCCAUAUUGCAGCUAGGGGCCAAGAUGCAAACAAUAGCAUUUACAUCAGCUGCUCCACUGCAGCUGUCCCUAGUAGUAGCCCCGAGGGGUGCUGGCCAUUUACUCAAGACCUAUAUCAAGCCACUCCCAUCAGGAAAGUCCUUAAAAGAGACAACCGGGGGAAAAGACUUACUCUUAGGAGACCUUUACAGCAGAACCAGACUCGCAUUAGCAACACACUCCUACAAAACCAUGCUGAGGAGCACAAAAACAGAGUAUUGUCCACAAAUGGGAACAUGCCAAAUAAAGGUAGAGGAAGGGGAGUCAGAAAGAAAAAGUCGAAAAUGUGGGGCCACAAGAAAAGCCUUUACUCUUCUAAGAAAGAAAGAAAUUACUUGAUGUAUAUUAAUGCCGAUGUGAAGCAAAAUAUAAAUGGGAGAGGGUGUUCUAAUUUGGAGAAGACCCAAUACUCUUUUAACCCAGGUAGUUCUAGCUUGGCACCUUCCCCAGCUGUGCUCCAGUCCCAGGAAAAUGUACAGUGUGCAGCCAGUGUACAAGGGAUACCUGGAGUUCAAAACAGGAUGGGCCUUUCUAGCACAAAAAAUAAUCGUUUUUUCUGGGCAAACUCCUCUCCAGAUAGUUGUUUAUCCCCAAAGUGGUUUCAUCUUUUUGAGAACAACUCACCUUCCUCAUCCCAGAAGGAAAGCAAAAAGUAUUGCCCAAUAUUUUUUGACAGUGAAUAUUCCGACUAAAAGAGUUCUGUACAUGUCUGAUCUCUGGAAAUAUGAGAUCUGUUUUGUAUGUGUUUCUGUAAAAUACUGUAAAUAUUAUUGUACAUCACAAAUAGUAAUCUCCCAUACUCGGCACCAUUACAAUACCUCUGACUUAAGAGCAAAAUGAUGUAUUACUUGUUCCUUAAAAAGACGGCUUACCUGGAAGCAUUCUGGGAAUAGUCUUUGCCACAUUUUCCAUUUCUUCAUCACUAGUAGAAACAUAUGUUUUAUACAGAUUUAUCUUAUGUUUAUUUUAAUACAAUAUCUCCCUGAACCUGCCCUCCCCCUAUAUCCAUCCAGAAAGAAUAAUUGUUUUCUGUGGCCAGACUUGUGCAAAAUCCAGUCCAGAAAAUUCAUUUUAUCCCCAUGCCAAAACUCUUGAGGGAGAAUUGUAUGUGUGUCUGGACUCUUACAGUUCAGAUUUUUCCUUCAUAAAGGAAUCACUCACUUUUUUUCUCCCAAAGGAAUGCCAUGUUCUCUAGCCUCUUCAUAAUAUUUGUUAUACUGAAAGAGGCAUCGCAUCCACUGUUUACUCCAUUGUCAGAGGAAGAUGGGUUGUGUGGGUUUGGGCACCAGAACAAAGUCAAGCAUGCAGUUUCUUUAUUCAUGAUGAGUCUAUUUGAAAAUGUGUUGAUUUAGCAGCAUAAUAAAAGUUGCAAAGAUUC